AUACUAAAUGACAGACUUCCGGUUUUUGACUUGAUGCUUUUAUUUUGGUAAGACAGCUUCCUUUGUUUAUAUGGUAGAACGGCGGCUUAACAACAGAACAAAAGACAAGUUGCAACAGCGUUAGCAAAAUUUAUUUUAUUUUUAGCGGCCCUCUUUUUAUAGAGGCACAAGGACCAUCACCAUGGUGACGGCAAAGCGUCUGGCUGACAUCGGUUACCGCGCUUUUUCUGCCUCAAUGAUGCUGCUGACGGCAUACGGAGGCUACCUGUGUGCGAUGCGAGGAAUCCGGUACUGGGAGAAGCAGAAACAGCUGCAACUGGCUGCAAAGAACCAGGACCCUGAAAUCAUGAAAGACUGAUGUCGCCUGGACUGGACUGUUACUCCUACUGGACGUUUCCCAUUCCUCUAAGCUGUCCGAGUGGUGAAGAGAAGGAUUCCUCCCCGAAUGUUUAUCUGUUCCCACACAGAUUUAGUUUUUCUUUUGUUGUAUAAAACUUAACCAAACAAUGGUAGAGAAUAUAUUUUGCCUUUGUCACAUGUGCAGAGCAUAAUUUCAAGUUUGUAUUGCAUAAAAAUGCCUUAAAUAAAAGUGUGACAAUUUCUCACA